UUUCACCACCAAACAACCUAUGCAAACAACAUAUGUGAACGGCUAAUCUGACGUCUUCAGGCAAAAAUGCCACAAAUGGUCAACUGUAACUUCUAAAUAUUCAGUCAAAAUGGUUUGGAUCAGUAGGAUUUGUUACCGGAAGUAUGGUAACUUCGUGGACAACCUGCGUUUGUAUGUGCGAGGGGGCAGUGGGGGGAUGGGGCUGCCCCGUCUGGGGGGUCAGGGGGGGAAAGGGGGAGACGUGUGGGUGGUGGCUCAGAAGGAGAUUACUCUGAAGAGGGUCAAGGAUAAGUACCCCCAGAAACGCUUCAUCGCUGGAGUAGGAACCAACAGCAGUGUCCGUGCUCUGAGGGGGCAGAAAGGAGAGGACCAAGAAGUCUUUGCUCCUCCACCAUUACUGUCCUCUGUAGCUCAGCUGGUAGAGCACGGCGCUUGUAACGCCAAGGUAGUGGGUGAGCUCAACACUGAGGGAGAUCGUGUGCUGGUGGCCAGAGGAGGUCAAGGAGGCUCCUACCACUCAGAGUUCCUGCCCAGUAAGGGCCAGACCAGACAGAUACGACUGGACCUCAAACUCAUCGCUGACCUCGGCCUGGUGGGGUUCCCCAAUGCAGGAAAGUCCUCUCUACUGACCGCCCUGUCACACGCCAAACCCCAGAUUGCCAGCUAUGCCUUCACCACCCUGAGACCAGAGAUUGGCAAAGUCAUGUAUGAAGACCAUAAACAGAUCUCAGUGGCAGACCUCCCAGGGCUGAUAGAGGGGGCCCACAUGAAUAGAGGCAUGGGCCACCAGUUCCUCAAACACGUGGAGAGGACCAGACAGCUGAUCUUUGUGGUGGACGUUUGUGGUUUCCAGCUGGCAAGCAAAACACCCUUUAGGUCCGCUUUUGAGGCCGUUCAACUUUUAACUAAAGAGUUGGAGCUGUAUAAGGAGGAUCUCCCGUGUAAGCCUGCUGUGUUGGUGGUCAAUAAGAUGGACCUGCCUGAUGCAGAGGACAAACUCACAGAGCUGCAGGAGCAACUCCUGAACCCACACGAGUUCUCCCACCUGUUACCCGAGGAUAUGGUUCCUAAGAACAACAUGGUCUUCAGACACUUGGUUCCUAUCUCAGCCGCCACCGGUUUUGGCAUCGCACACCUCAAGACCUUUAUCCGCCAAUCACUAGACGAGGAUGCCUCUAUGGCAACGGAGUCCCUGCACCGUGAUAGGCUACAGGCGCUGAGAGGGGCGGUCCCAGCCAAGAACUCACUCACAUGGGGCCCCACCCCCUCAGUUUGAACUGAACUGUGGAACAUUCAGGGUUAGUACGUUCUGCAGUUUUGAAAAAGGGUUUGAACUUGAUACACGUUCACUCAGCCUGGAACGUUUUCAAUAUUGUGGAAGUCAGGGUGAUGUUCCUACCUAUCAUAUCCUAGGUAGGAUGACUCCUCGACAUUCAUCCUGUCUCUGCACCCUGCUUGAGAUUAUCUAUGGAAAACACUGACGAUGAUGUCACCCACAGUCAUAACCCAGGCAGGGUGUUGUCCUCCAGCCCUCCCCUUAUGACCACACUAUGGACAGAGUUAGAGGUCGAGAAAGAGGAGGGGAAGUGCUUUUCAGUGUGUUUUUCUGCUGGAUGUAGUCUCUGACUAUCUGUUUGAUGUAAUAUGUUCCUUUUCCAUCAUGUAGGAUUAAACAUGUUAAUUAAUGCUGCCACCUUAAGGGAAAAUAAACAUACAUACACAGAAAA